AAGUAGAUUUGAAAUAUCAAAACUGCGGUUAACCAUUUGCGUUUGGUAGCUUCCACUACUCUCUCACCUACCUUCUCUUCUCUCUUCCUCCUUUACACACUUCAAUUUCCCAUUCCUUCCCAAACAUUCAAAAAAAUGGGAUUCUACUCAACCAUAACGAACCAAAUAUCAUUCUACACCGGUCUCUCUCCAACCGCUUUCUUCACCAUCGCAUUCCUCACUUUCCUCGUUUACCGAACUGUUUCUGCCAUGUUUGUUUCCCCUCAAGAUUUCAAUAAACCCCCGGUCGUUUCGGCUCGGUCCGGUUCGCUGUUUGAAGUAGCUGAGCCGCGGAGAGAACCGGUUCAGGUUGGUGAAAUUACUGAAGCGGAGUUGCGGUUGUAUAAUGGGUCCGAUAAAAGUAAACCGAUUUUGAUUUCUGUUAAAGGACAGAUCUAUGAUGUCUCCGAGGGCAGGAAUUUUUAUGGUCCAGGAGGAUCGUAUACAAUGUUUGCCGGAAAGGAAUGUAGCCGAGCUCUUGCUCUCCUGUCUUUUAAACCUCAAGAUAUUAACGGAAAUCUCGAAGGUUUGGACGAAUCAGAGCUCACAAUUUUAGAGGAUUGGGAGUAUAAGUUCAUAGAAAAGUAUCCAAAAGUUGGUCGGCUUGUUUCAGAAGAAAGAACUCAGCAAAUUGAGCAGAGUCAAGAAGACAAUUUGAAAUUAAACCCUAAUGAAUGACGAGUAAGCAAAAUAGAAAUCUAUCUCAGUGUUUAGGGGGUGUGUUGUGUAAUCCUCUCAUGUUCAUAUUUCAGAGGACCUGUUAAAAUUUUGUGCUAUAUCUCUUUUUUCAUAAAAUAUGUAUUGAAGUUUACUCUAUUGAAUAGUUGUGAGGAAAAAAAUAGAUCCAAAUCUUUUACAGGAGAAUGUUUGUUGGAAAUAUUGAUUUGAGAUGAUAUAUUCUUGCAAUCCAGAGAGAAUUGUACCUUGAAUUGUUCUUAAGUACUGCUUGGUAAUGAGUAUGAAAUGAAUGCAUAUGAAAUGUAUA